CACCCGCUCGCAGAACUUCAUAUCUGCUAGACGAACCUCGCUCAUGGGCCUAAUCUCAUCUAUACGCGAUCAUGAGUGCCAUAGAAGCGCUAUACAUCUUUGAUGAGCAUAACGCAACUAUACUAGAGCAUGUAUACCGAGGACGGCCACCGACCGCGAGCGUCUUACUUCCUCUAUACCUCUCGCACCCCUCUCCGCAGCCGUCCCUAAUAUAUCUCCCGAAUACACAUCCACCGACCCUUGUGUACUCCAUAAUACAAGACCGCCUGCUCUUCCUCUCGCCUUCCUCAGCGGAAUCAGAACCGCUGCUUGCGCUAGAAUUCCUUCAUCGUGUAGCAGAUGCGCUCGAGGACUUUCUAGGCUCGCCGCUUCUGGCGAGUAAGAUCGAGAGCUCCUAUGAUGUAGUGGCUCAACUGCUCAGCGAGAUGUGUGAUGGAGGGCUGGUCUCGAAUACGGAGCCGAAUGCUUUAAGAGAUGUGGUUGAAGCACCCAAUUGGGUCAAAGGCCUGCUUGGGGGUGUUGGGUUGCCUAGUUCUUCGCCCUCCCUAAAUCCAUCAUCCCAAACUCCCUUCUCCCUCCCAAGGCCCUCCCUCCCGCGUGCCCCCUCAGCCGCAACGGCCAAUCCCGUCCCCUGGCGACGCGCAAACGUACGGCAUACGAGCAAUGAGCUGUAUGUCGACAUCGUCGAAACACUCUCCAUCACACUCGCGCCCUCAGGCCGGCCGCUCUCCGCCCUCGCGUUCGGCACCGUCGCCUUCACAGCCAAAGUCUCCGGCGUCCCAGACCUAAUCCUCCAGCUCAACGCUCCAGGAGGUAUCCUCAACACCAUCUCCCUCCCCGUCUUCCACCCCUGCGUCCGACUCGGGCGCUGGAAAGAAAAACCCGGUGAGCUCAGCUUCGUCCCACCAGACGGCCGCUUCGUGCUCGCAGGCUACGAAGCCGACCUCCUAGGCGACGACCACCUCGCCUCCUUCACCAGCACCUCGUCCACCUCCAAAUCCCUCGCAAGCCUCAACCUCCCCGCCACCCCCGCCGUCAGCGUCUCCCUCGGCCCCACAGGCGCCGACUUCGAAGUCCGCCUAUCCAUCUCCCCCCGCUUCCAAAACAAGCCCUCCGCCUCAACCGCCUCGUCUUCUUCCCGCGGCGGCCUAGGCUCCCGCUCCGCCUCCGCCUUCUCAGCCACCGGCACAACAGCCCACCCGCAUAUCGAGGAGGUCAAAGUCCACAUCCCGCUCCCAGCCGCCGUGCGCACGAUCGCGGACCUCCGUACCAGCAGAGGCGACGCGCAGUACGCGCCCGGCGACACGGGCAUCGAGUGGCGCGUCGCCGCUAAAGACGUCGCCGCCCUGCUAGCGAGCCACCACGGCGGCAGCGUCAGCGCGUCCGCGACGCUCCGCGGUAGCGUCGUCGGCGAGGAAGAGGAGGACGAGGAGACGGCGCCGUCGGUGUCCCUCGAGGCGGGGAGUCGGUGGGAGUACGAUGAGGAUGAGGGCGGGGGCUACCAAACCUCUUCUUCAGUAGAGCCGGCGCAGCAGCGGAAUGGGAAUGGGAAGGGGGAGGCGGAGGCGGAGCAGAGGAGUAAAAGGAGGGUUGCGUUGAAUAGGGUACUCAUGCCUAGCUCUGCGACGGUGAGUUUCUCGGUUAAGGGGUGGUUGGCGAGCGGGAUUAAGGUGGAUGCGCUGAUGGUGGAUGCGAAGAGGAGUAAGGGGCUAGGCGCCGGGGUGACGCCGUAUAAGGGGGUCAAGUAUCUGACGGUUAGUCGGAAGGGGGUGGAGGCGAGGUGUUGAGAGCUGGGCGGCGCUUGAGGAAGGUAGUUGGAGUAUGAGCAUCUAGAGGGAGUGCUUGCAUACUGAACUAUAAGCAGUGGCAGGGACGUCUAUGAAUGUCUACGGAUGAGACACUGUGACUGCGUGUGUCUCAUACCACGAGAAUCAGUAGAUCUUGAGAAACGAAAAUAAGAAUAUAUUCAAGCAAAAGACCAGGGUAUCCUAAACCGAAUCUAGACAACACCAUGUAACUAAGACAGCUAGAAAACUUGGAAUCCAGAAGGCCAAACAUGCAACGCUGCUAACCACCC